AUGAAAUGGUAUAUACAAGGGUUGGUGUUUGGAUACCUCAGUGCCCCCCAAAGAACUGGGAGGCUAGGUCGUGGUCUGGAGAUGGUAGACGGCCAUCAGGAGCACUCCACUCACUUGUCUGUGCAGCUCGAUCGAGCUUGCUCUUCCUCUUCCUCUUCCUUCAAAGUGUGUGGCUUCCUUGGCCUUGGUGGAGCAUUGCUAGCUCGUACUGUCCAUAGGGGUUCCAUCUACUCCGGGGAGGCUCCUGGUAAGGCAUGGGAUCGUAUUCAAAUCCCGGAUCCUCGAACUGGCUCCUCAAGGCCAACUCGACCGUCAGCUCGAUCGAGUUGA